AUGGCAAAUAUAGUUCUAGUGCUGCCGAAAAUAGGAAUUGAUUUGCAUUUCUGCUCGGCUUGAAAUGUUUAAAUGCGACUGUUUUUAAAUUUAAAGGAAUAUAUAAAGACUUCCAUUAGUGAUAGUUAUUAAAAUAGAGUUAACUUUAAAAAAUUCGCACUGCCAAUAGCGAAAGCGUAUGUGUGUGGAGCCUCUCAGCAAGUAAAGGCGUGUGUACCAUCAUCUCCCUUGACCAAUACAAAAACUCGGUGCAAAGGGAAUGUAGGAGUGUGAUCCUUCAACAGCCUGUAGUGGUUGGUAAAGUUAUUAACUAUAUAUGUAUCUAACGCAGGAGUUUCAAAACGCGUGUGCUGUGGUCUUAUUCCCAAAAAACGCAAUCGGAAAAGUACGUGAAAAAGCGAAAAUGUGUCUCCGCCAGCGAUAACGGUACUUUAAUGCGCUCUCUCUUGGCAAAAGAUGAGCCGACAGCCGCACCUAUAAAAGUGGGCGUUAGGUGUGCGUUCGCAGAUAAAAAACAAUUUGCUUGUUUGAAAGUGUGCAGCCUCCUUUGAUUGUUUAAACAAAUUCUAGGAUAAAUAAAAAUAAAUACUGUUCAAAUACCAAUACACACCUAUAUAUACAGGCACGCACUCUCACACACAAGCACACUAACGCAUGACAUAAAGACAGAGAGAGAAAAAAGAAAGAAAGGAACAAGAAGCUCCAACCAAGCAGCAUCGGCGCGUUGGAGAGAUAUGCGGGCAGAGAAGAUUGAAAAUAAACGUGUAGUAGAGAAUUUUUGAGACACACACACACACAAACAUCCGCCCACCCACACACGUUCUCUCAUUCCUCUCACUCACUCUCUCUCUCUCUGUCAUUUGCUCCAUCCUUCUCUCUCGCUACUAUCCCGUUUGCCGCCCACUUACAAACCUACACAACCACCCACUCACACACAUACUCUUGUACAUAUAUAUGUAUGCGCGAAGAGUGUAAGCUUUGUUGUUUCUGCUGCUGCUACUGCUGCUCUUGUUAGCCGCCGCCACGGUGGAGGCUGGCCUGGCUGCUUCUGCUGAAGCGCAAAUGGCAGACCCUCUGAGCGGGCGCUGCUUGUGAGAAUGUCGUAAUGGCCAGAGAGGAGUCUCGCGGCAAGAGACCACUGAAAAUCUGGGACAGUUGGCGGAAUGUGCGUAAAGGCGUUGUAGUUGGAACAUUCGAGGAGCUCUUGGUGCGCGGCAAGGACAAGUUGGGGGUUCCUGCUUCAGAACCAGUGCGCGUUGUUCUGGAGUGCGAUGGAACCCAAAUCGAGGAUGGCGAAUACUUUCGCACCCUGGCCAACAAUACGGUCUUGUUGCUGUUGAGGCAGGGCGAACGCUGGUAUCCAACUGGAGUGGAUGUCAUAAAGGCUGCCAUAUCAGCUAUACCGAAAAUCGUCUGUGAGACGAUCCAUGCACUGGAACUGCAUGAUGAGACACCAUCGUGGAAGAUUAUGGAUAACAAAGGGCGUGUCACGGUCGUCUUGCACUGGGAUCAGCGGCAGGGAGGGGGCAGUGGUGGAGGCGGCGGUGGGGGCGGCGUUGGCGGCGGCAACAUAUGCUCCGGCCUGGGGAGCAGCAACGGGCUGCUUUCCUCCGACAAGUACUCGCCCUCGAAGAAGGGCCUCUCCGCACAGAGUUCGCUGGACAACAAGUCGGUGUCGUCGCAGUCCUCGCAGCCGCGCUACGCCAGCCCCCAAAUAACGGUGAUCAGCGACGAGGGUCCGGCGAGUAUAUACCAUCCCGGCGGAGUGGUCCUGCCGCCAGGAGUUGUGAUACCCGGCGGCAGCAGGCGCCUGUCCAAGCAGGGCAGCUCCUUCGACAGCACCGUGGGUGUGGGGGCCGUGCACGUUCACACGCCGGAGUGCGCCCACCACGCCCAUACGCCAAGCAGGGCCGGCAGCCCCAGCACCACGGAAUGCGACUUCCACUGCUGCGCUCUGCACGAGGAGGGGCGGAAGAUAGCCGUGCACAAGAGCGUGGCCACGUCGCCCAUCCAGGACGGGAGCAGCAGUCCCCAGCCGGCAGCGACGCUGGCCAUGUCAUCAUCGGUUAUGGAUCCUAUGCUGGGCGGCAGCGGCAGUAUGCGGCGCUCCUCGGGCACCAAGGGUCACGUGCGUUUCCUGGACAUUGCCCCAGAGCGGGACAGCUCCGAGAGCGAGACGGAGAACACGGUGAUGGAGGACGACAAGACGACGACCGAGAAAUUUCUGCUGCUGAUCGAUCAGUUAUCGGUGGACCAGAAGCGCCAUCUCAGCAUCAAGGAUAUCGGCAUCAUCCUGGAGCGCCUCAACUCUAAGAUACUCGAUGUGGAGCGUCUGGAUCGCGAGUCCGAGUCGGAUGACUGCUACAACUGGACGAUAAAGGCAACAAUACGCGGCGACGCGCUCCGCGAACUGGGCGUCAUCUACAAUGGCAACUACUACGCCAUUUCUGAGCAUCCCGGCUACAAGGAGGAGCUGGAGGAGAACGGCGAGGAGGUCGAGGAAGAGGAGGAAGAGGACGAGGAGGAUAGAAUUUAAACGCAACCAGAUACGGGCAAACGCAAACGCAAACGCAAACCCAUUCAUAGCCACUAAAGAAUAAACACAAUUGCAGAUAGCUAAUGCUCAGAGAGGUAUCAAUAAACUAGCGCAUUUUACAAAUGGAAAACGAAAAUAAUUGGAAAAACGGGAGGCUACAUCUCACACAGACAGACAGACACACACACACAAAUGCAUACAGACAUAUACAUAUAUAUAAAACUUAAUAUGAGAAUAUGAGAAUAUAAUAAUGCAAGUCGCACAUUGUACGAUAGUGAAGUAAGCAUAACAAAAGUCAGUUCAGUCCCAAAAAUCCACACACGAAACCAGAGAAAGACAAAGACAACACCCCCCCCAUGUAAACGCAGUUUUUGUAGCACUUAGCGAGAGAAUUCCUCAAGACGGGAAAAGCGAUCCCAACCAAACAAGAGCACUUGCAUACCUACCAUUAUAGUAACUUUCCCAGAGUCCCAAAAUUCUCACCCACUUUGUUGUUAUUGUUGUUGUAUAAAAGUCAUGUCAUGUUCCGUGUACCGUAUGCCAAACGAGCCUUAUUUAGUUGGAUAGCCCAUAUACAUGCAUAUAGCCGACUCCGACUCCGACUACGAGCGUCACUUGCAUAAGUCGAAAUCUAAUCUAAACCACGUGAACUCUAAGUUGCCAAAGAGAAGAUAACAGAGACUAUAAAUUGUUGUUGAGAAGAAAAACGAAAAACAAAAAACGAAAAACCAAAGAACGAAGAAGAAAACUGUAACUGUAAACUGAAUUCAAAAUCUUCUAAAUGUAAAUCAGAAUUGUUUGUACUCGUAUUCCGUAUUCCUAUGUAGGAAGAUCCUCAGUUCCUUCAAUACUAUCAUAUAUACAUAUAUUGUUAUUUUCCCAUAAUCCCCCAUUCAGAAUCCUCAUGCGAAACUGCCGUUACUUGUAGUGUUGUAAAACGUUCAACGUUCAAGUGAAAUUUAAACGUAAAAAGCGUAAAAACAAGGGGAAACCAUAAGAAAAUGCCUGAUAUCGAAGUAUUACAUAUUGUAGCCUAUUGUCACACAUUGAGUUGAGCACACACACACAACCCAACCCGUAGCCGAUUCAUCUACGUCCCAUGUUCCUAGGCGGAAAUAUCAGAGAAGGGAGCAAAUCGAAAUUAGAAUUAUAGAUGUGUGUGCAUCAAGGAAAAAAACACUGCCAAACCCGACAUCUCACUGUAGUAGAUCAUCAUAGCCAGAUCAUGUCCAGUUCCGUUCCCCGUUGAGUUUAGGCUUCCCGAUCCACUGUGAUCGUUCGGGUGUCACGAGCAGCAACGGAAGGGGCCCCUCAGCAUACAAAUACAUACAACCAUACAUACGAGUAUAGGCAGAGUUAGGUAAGACGAAAAAAGCGUAUCGAUGUCAUUGGUUAAGCUAUAGAAUUGUUAUUGCAAAUGCGAAUGCAAAUCGAAGUUGUACAGACGGUUUUCGGCUGCGAUCGAGUCGAAACGAAGCACCAACCAACCAAAGCAAUCGUUAUGCCGCGUGACGAUCGUAUCAAUCGUGUUUCUUCUCUUCCCUAGCAGUCGUAGCUGGUCUACGCUGCUCGCAACGAUCUCGCUCGGUACCAAUGGGCCUUAAACACACUCAACAGUUUCCAAACUUUCCGUUGUCUGAUCGAAGUCUGUUCCGAACGAUUCGAACAGCGUGCUCGUGCGCUUUGAGAAGCAUAAAGAACCAAAAGAAAGCAAACAAUGGACAAAUAACGCAAUCUCUUUCCACAGUUAAGAUCAAUCACACAUCUGUGUUCUGCCAAAAAAUAAAUAAACAAAAAUAUAAAACAAAGAACAAUGAACAAUGAAAAACUAAGGUAAUAACGAAAUGAAAUAAAAUGAAAUGAUUCUUUAACAUGCAUUUGUCCAAGGCACAAACUAGGCAUUAAACCGAAAAAGAUAUACAUAGAUAAAAGCGAGGCCCUAGUAUGUAUGUAUAAAUGAAAAAUUGAUAAUUGAUAACGAUAAUAAGUGGAAAGUUGAAGUCGAGCGAGGAGGAAGCCGAAAGCAGGAAAGCAGGAUGGCGGUUGUGUGCAGCUCCGGAACGAAAGCGACAAAACGAGAACUCACAAUUAGCAAACGGAAAACAAAUUCAUUAGCGUUGUUUUAAUUUAUUAGUAAGUCGAGAACGAAUGCGCCCGUAAUGUGCAACCCAAACACGAUCAUGAUCAUGAGAUGAAUACACAAAUAUACUAUAUAUACUAUAUGUAUAUAUGUAUAUAUAUACUGUAUGAUUAAGCCGCAGAGUACAGAGGGAGUGAAGUGGAGUGGAGUGGAGUGCAGGGGCAGUGGCAGUGGCAGUGGAGUCCGAUCGAGUGAGGUGGAAAUCGAGUGCCGAUGAGCAUUUCUGCGUAUAUAUAGAAUCGACCCAUACCUAUACGGCGUAUACAUAUACAUAUGUAUGCAUGUGUAAAUGCCCCAAGCAGCAUUGCAUAAUAAGAAUGAAUAAAACGAGAGAUUACGCAGCACAUCGUAUAUGCACCACCAGCAUACGGGUAUACAUGUGUGUAUGAUAACUCAGCUUCCAUACUGAUACAGACUUCUUCAACUGACUUCCAUAAUCAUAAUCAUUGUUAACAAUUAACUAUAGAGGAUAACGCUUUAAGAGACAAACCCACACCACACCAAACCACACGAAUCUUGUUUCCCCAUCAAUCGUUGCGUUUUGGUUCAGUUAAGAUUAGGUUCUGUUGUUGAUCCCCAAAGGUCGUCCCGGAAGAGCGGUCCCGACCCUCAGACUCUCAGACUCGUCACACACUCUGUGUAAAUGCAAUCAGUUAGAUUUAUAAGAUGAAUAAACGAAUGGAAAACCAAACAAAACAAAAAAUGUGCUGCAAAGUAAGCGAAACGAACGAAAGAACCUCCUCCCCGCCAAAUGCAAUCAACUGUUUUGCAAGUACUCGGUAAUGUAAUAUCCAUACCAGAAGGCAGGGCAGGUGGCAGGCGGCAUGCGGCAGGGGGAUAAGCCUUAGAGGAAAGAGGAAUGUCAAGUAAUUGUUGCAGGCAGCCGAGAAUGAUGCCACAUUAUGCGUUAAAUUGUUUUAAUAGUGCGAAUAUUACGAAUAAAUUGAUCAAUUAGCAUAUACAACAAAACAUAAAACAAAACGAAACGAAACAAAACAAAACAAAACAAAGAAGAAAACCAAACGACAAAACAUA